CUGGGGGCUGAGCUGGGUUGACACACGGGGCAGCCGGAGGCAUUGGAGUGGUCUGGGCUGGAGCUGAGCGAACACUGAGGGUGCUGAGCAGAGCCUGGGGGAACGGGCACGGGCAGGAUGGCAGUGGUGCCCCUCCGGCCUUGCAGAGCUUCUGUGCGCCUCCUGCCCCUGCUCUGUGGUGGGGCAAGGAGCAAAGGGGCCUCCCUGAGCCCAGGGGUGCCGGGCCGACUUACCCAGAGGCGCUACAAGAAGGACGUGCUGCCAUCCCCAGAGGAGCCCAUUCCUUCCGUGUCCAUCACUGAGAUCCGCCAGUACCUGCGGGCCCAGGGGAUCCCCUUCCACGACGGUUAUAGCUGCCUGCACACCCCCAGCCUCUUCAUAACUGGGCAGGAGGCUCAGCACCAGCCAUUGUCAGCCACCAGCGCCCCUUACACCCUCUUUAUUGACAAGACCACGGGCAGCUUCCUGUGCACGGCCACCCUGGCCGAGGGCACGUGGCAGGACUUCCAGGCCAACGUGGAGCUGCGGCACCGCGGCGUCCCCUUCCCCAGCUCGGGGGAGCCGGAGGAGGACAAUCGGGAGGACGCCCGCUGCAUCUGGGACCGGGCGCUUCCGCUCUGGGAGCUUUUGGAUGAGGAUGAGACCCACAUAACCAAGGCCAUGUUUGGUAUCUCCGUGGUGACGGACGCCACCCUGAAACGCUUUGGAGUACGUUACCUGAGGACCGCCAAGUCCUUGGUCUUCCCCUGGUUCAGCCCCCGUGACGCUUCUCUGAAGGGCCUGAAGCUCGUGGGGGUGGAGAACCAGGGAGACACGAUAGCUUACGUGGAACAGACUCUCCCCCGGCCAGGCUCCUACCGCAACCUCUUUGGGCUGCCCCUCAUCAGCCGCCGAGAUACAGAAGUGGUCUUAACUGGGCGGGAGCUGGACGCCGUGGCCCUGUACCAAGCUACGGGGGUGCCCAGCCUAUCCCUCCCGCGAGGGCCCACCUCCCUGCCGGCCACAAGUCCAUCAUUUCCUUCCGCCAGCUGCGGGAGGAGGUUUUUGGGGAGCUGGUCAAUGUGGAGCAAGUGGCUGGUGUCAGGGGGGCCCGGUUCCCUGAACUCAACAAACUCCUCAAAGGCCACCGCAAAGGGGAGCUCACUGUCUUCACAGGUGAGGGGUGAAGGGCUCGGGGGCAGGCAGGGUAGAAGGUUCUGUUUGGUGGCUUCGCCUUCCCGGAUCCACAGACGGGAGGAGGUUUUUGGGGAGCUGGUCAAUGUGGAGCAAGUGGCUGGUGUCAGGGGGGCCCGGUUCCCUGAACUCAACAAACUCCUCAAAGGCCACCGCAAAGGGGAGCUCACUGUCUUCACAGGCCCGACAGGCAGUGGAAAGACGACCUUUAUCAGCGAGUAUGCGCUGGACCUGUGCGUGCAGGGAGUGUGCACGCUGUGGGGCAGCUUUGAGAUCAGCAACGUCCGCCUGGCCAAGAUCAUGCUGACGCAGUUUGCGGCCCGGCGCCUGGAGGAGCAGCUGGAGCAGUACGACGAGUGGGCCGACCGCUUCGAGGACCUCCCGCUCUACUUCAUGACCUUCCAUGGCCAGCAGAACAUCAAGACUGUGAUCGACACGAUGCAGCACGCUGUGUACAUGUAUGACAUCACCCAUGUGGUCAUCGAUAAUCUCCAGUUCAUGAUGGGCCACGAUCAGCUCUCUGUGGACAGGCUCGCCGCCCAGGAUUACAUCGUCGGUGCCUUCCGCAAGUUCGCCACGGACAACACCUGCCACAUCACGCUGGUCAUCCACCCCCGCAAGGAGGAUGACGAGAAGGAACUGCAGACGGCGUCUAUCUUUGGCUCUGCCAAGGCCAGCCAGGAGGCAGACAACGUCCUCAUCCUGCAGGACAGGAAGCUGGUGACGGGGCCUGGGAAGCGGUACCUGCAGGUGUCCAAGAACCGUUUUGAUGGGGACGUGGGCGUCUUCCCCCUGGAGUUCAGCAAGGCCUCGCUCACCUUCUCCUCCGCUGGCAAAAGCAAGGUCAGGCUGAAGAAGAUGAGGGAGGAGAAGGCGCCUUUAUCCAAGAAAGCUCCAGCUGGAAGCACGGGGUCUUCCAAGAAGCCUUGAGUCUGGCUACUCCCUUCUUUGGUCUGUCAGGAGGAACUGGGACUGGUGCUAGCAGCAUGGGGCUGGGGUAUGCCAGCCCGUCUCCACCAGGAACGGCAAUAACGUGCUGCUGUUUGUCCUUUUUCCUCCUACGCAAAGAGGCCUCUUGGCUGCAAAAGCAAUCUCACUGGGAGAGAUGUGAGGGCCGUGGUGGGAGGACGAAUGGGAUCCUGCUGGAGAAGAGGAGCCUUUUUCUUGCUGUGCUGCCUCCCAACUGCCCAGGGAUGGAGAGCUGGGGGCGGUCCUGGCUCCCUGCAGGCUGCCGCUGGCGGAGGUGCUCCUGGUGCAGGGCAGAUGCUUUUCUGUGUCCUAGACAGAUGUUUUUGCAAAUUUUGGUCACUUGAUCUUGGUGCUGAGUGCUGAGAGCGUGGAGUGGGCCAUGGCUUGGGUGAGGGCCCAGGGGCAGUAACCUGUAGCCCUGGGGCUCUGGGCUUGGAGCAUUUUAUUAACGUGCUGCUAAACUUGUUGGGCCAAAAUUCUGGGCCAUCGUCGUGGACCCCACGAGAGGCCGCAUGGUGGGACUGCGGAGACCUCCUCCUGUCUCGGAUAGGGAUUUCAGGAGUGCUGUGCUCGGUCCUGACUGGGAUGGGGUCAGCAAGAGGGAGGUUGUAGAGGGAUGCUGAGGGAUACUGUGGAUGGCCCUUGGCCUGGGGUGCCUGGAGCUGGAUGGUCUCUGCUGGGAGCCUUGUGAAGCUCUGACAAAGGUGGGAGCUGCCACCCCCAUGGUGGUGGCGCCUGAGCAGUGAGGAUGGAAAUGUGGCAGGUUGAAGGCAGGGUUUGCUUCCUCUUCUGCUGGCCAGCAGGUGGGAUGUGCAGCUUGCCAGCUCUGCCUGCUCGACUACUGCCCUUUGCCCCAGGACGCCCUGGUCUACCCUGUCCUGUCUCUCCACUGUGGGCAUCACCAGCAGUAAAACCCCUGGGGGACCCCCCCCGGGCUUGGCUGGAGAGGGGUGCCAGCAUUCUGGGCCAGCGGCUUUGGGCAGCCCUGGAGCCAGGCGUGCGCUGUGGUCUCCCCUCCUCUUGGCCCUGCUUUCACCCAGGGCUUUGAAUGUGGCAGCAGUGGUCCAGAGACUUUUCAAGUCCAUCCCCAGGGACCCUCUUUCAAAGCGUUUAGUGGUGAACACUGUGACCUGGCUGGUCCUUGCCGUGGCAGGAAGAGUCCACGGUCGGAUCUUGGUCCAAUCCUUUUGUUUUCCUUUAUAGUUUUAUUAAAGCAGA